AUGAUACCUUGGAGUAUAUUCUUGUUUCAUAUACUGCUGUUUUCAUUACAAGGACAUAUUUGUGCAUCAUCCAUCUUGACAGAAACAUCAAAAAAUGGUUUUAAUGAAAAUCGACAGAAAAGACCUCUUUUAGCAGCACAGUUUGAAGCAACUUCUCCGAGAUAUUUUUUCCAUGAAGCUAUUAUUUGGGGUGAGAGCAAAAUAAAAGGCUCUUGUCCUCAUGAAUGCCUUAACGGAGCUUUCUGUUCUAAGACUGGUACAUGUGACUGUCAAAUAUUUCAGGCUCUCGGGACAAGGUGCCAGAUUGUCCCAAACAUGGGCAAGGGAAGAGAUGGGAUUUGCAAAAGCUGGGGACAGUUUCAUUUUGAAACAUUUGAUGGAAUCUACUACUUCUUCCCAGGAAACUGUUCUUAUAUUUUUGCAAAGGACUGUGGUAAUUUGGAGCCUCAGUACACUGUAUGGGUUCAUAAUAGCCCUAAAUGCCUUGGGUCAGUGUAUUCUUGUUAUCGAUCAAUCAGCUUGUUCUUUUCAAACCAAGAGGAGAUUCGAAUUUAUGGUCAUGAAAUAAAAAAGAAUGGAAUCAGUUUAACAUUGCCUCAGACAAUUGGGCAGGUUUUCAUUGAGAAACUUGCUGACUACAUUCUGGUGAAAACAACCUUUGGCUUUUCAUUGGCUUGGGAUGGAAUAUCUGGAAUUUAUCUCAAACUGUCUGAGGAUCAUAAAGGGAAACCAUGUGGCCUAUGUGGAAACUACAAUGACAUUCAAUCUGAUGAUUUUAUAAUUCUCCAAGAGGACUAUACAGAAGACAUUGCUAUGUUUGCAAAUAGUUGGUCGGUGCAAACUCCAGAUGACACCAAAUGUGUACCCACACCCUCAGAUUUUCCAAAUCCAUGCUCCAGUGGAAUGCCAGCAUUUGAGGCAAUCUUCUUCAAGUGUCAGAUACUGUUGCAGUUUCCUUUUCUGAGCUGCCACGAAUAUAUUGAUCCAUAUUUAUAUAUUGCCAGCUGUGUCAAUGACCUCUGCAAAACUCAUGAUGAUGAAACCUAUUGUCGAGCAGCCACAGAGUAUGCUAGAGCCUGUUCUCACGCUGGCUACCCUAUUCAAGACUGGAGAGAUGACUUUCCAGCAUGCACUGAUAAGUGUGAUGACAGCCUUGUUCAUCGGGAUUGCAUCAGUUGCUGCCCACCAGCCUGCACAUUUGAGAAGCAAUGUCUUGGGAGCAAUCUCCAUUGUCUUGAUGGAUGUUACUGCCCAGAUGGCCUCAUAAUGGACAAUGGGACUUGCAUCUCCUUGGAAAACUGUCCAUGUAGUUUUCAUGGAUUAGCUUAUUCAGUUGGUUCGAAAAUUGAACAAGAAUGUACUGAAUGUGUGUGUGUUGGCGGAGUUUGGAACUGCUCUGAGCAUGACUGUCCAGUUCAAUGCUCGGUUGUGGGUGAUUCACAUUUUACAACUUUCGAUGGUCGACAUUAUUCUUUUAUUGGCAUGUGCCAGUACAUUCUUGUGAAAGGAACUGGGAAGGAUAAAUUUACAAUUACUUUACAGAAAGCUCCCUGUGAGCAGAACCUUGGUUUGGUCUGCCUUCAGUCUAUAACUCUAAUUCUGGAGGAUGAUUUUAGCAAACAAGUGACCCUGAGUAGGGGAGGACAAAUCCUCACCAGUCCUAACCAAGGCUUCAAUUUGAAUGGAAUUGUUGAAAUUCAAACUCUGUCGUCCUUAUUUAUACUACUAAAAACCACAUUUGGUUUAAAGAUUCUGUUUGCUAUAGAUGGGGAAAGAAUUUAUAUUCAGCUCACUAGUGCAUGGAAAAGAAGAACAUUAGGUCUGUGUGGCACUUUUAAUGGGAACAUAAGGGAUGAUUUUCUUUCUCCAUCAGGCAUGAUAGAAGGUACCCCGCAACUUCAUGCAAAUGCUUGGAGAGUUUCCUCUACUUGUUUCGCACCUGUUCACGUCCCAGUGAUAGACCCCUGUAACAUUAAUCAACAAAACAUUGGGUAUGCCGCACACUGUGAUGUCAUCCACCAGGAGCUCUUUGCUCCGUGCCAUGUCUACAUUAGCCCUGGGCUGUACUACCAGCUGUGCCGCCAUGAUGCAUGCAGGUGUGGAAGCGCCUGCCUCUGCAAUGCUCUUGCCCACUACGCCUACCUCUGUGGCCAGCAUGGUGUUCCCAUCGAUUUUAGAACUCAGAUUUCAUUCUGUGCCGUGGUGUGCCAGCAGGGCAUGUUGUACCAUCACUGUUCCUCAUUCUGCCGCCGUUCCUGCAUUUCUCUCUCUUCCCCGGAGCAGUGCAAUGACGACUGCGCUGAAGGCUGCAACUGUCCCGAAGGCAAAUUCUAUGAAGACACACUUAACUUUUGUGUGCCCAUAUUUCACUGCCGGUGUCAUUAUAGGGGCAGCGUUUAUCAACCUGGAGAGCUCAUCCCAACACCCUCAGGCUUAUGCCAGUGUUCAAAUGGGACUGUGAAAUGUGAUGAAUUAGCAACGCCCUCUGCUGUUCACACAUGCCCAGAGGGGAAAGAGUAUUUUGACUGCAGGUUUCCUGACCCUGAAUUACCAGCUGGUGGUGUAAAUUGUGAGACUACAUGUGCAAACCUGGCCAUGAACUUCACUUGUGCUCCAUCUUCGCCCUGUAUAAGUGGCUGUGUUUGUGCUCCAGGAAUGGCAGAGCACAAAGGAAAAUGUUAUGUUCCUGAAAGCUGUCCAUGUAUCUGGAAAGAUUGGGAGUAUCUCUCAGGAGAAGUGAUUGCUACACCUUGCUACACCUGUGUUUGUCGACGAGGAAUGUUCAAUUGCACAUAUUAUCCGUGCCCAGCAGUGUGCACCAUAUACGGGGAUCGGCAUUAUCAUUCUUUUGAUGGAUUGGAGUAUGAUUAUAUCAGUGAUUGCCAGGUUUUUUUGAUAAAGAGUACAGAUGAUUCAGAUAUAUCUGUCAUUGCCCAGAACAAGAAAUGCUUUGACAACGAUAUUGUUUGUUCUAAAAGUGUUUUGAUUUCAGUUGGCGACACUGAAAUUUACCUUAAUGAUACUCCUUACAAACAGAAACAAUUAGGUUUUUUUCUAGAAAAUAAACCUACAUACCAGCUUUGGAAGGCUGGGUACUACAUAGUAGUGUACUUUCCAGAGAAAGAUAUCACUAUUCUUUGGGAUAAGAAGACAACUAUUCAUAUCAAAGUUGGACCACAGUGGAAGAACAAACUAUCAGGAUUGUGUGGAAACUUUGACAAAUGUACUUCAAAUGAUAUGACCACAUCUAAUAACUUGGAAGUGAGAAAUGCUCAGGUAUUUGGAGAUAGUUGGGCAUUAGGACUGUGUGAAAAUCCAGAUGAAACAAUUAAACCCUGUGAGGCACAUCAGAACAAAUUUCCUUAUGCCAAGAAAGAAUGUUCCAUUUUGUACAGUGAUGUUUUCGCUCCCUGUCGCAAUGUGAUUGAUGUUACUUCUUUUGCUAAAAAUUGCCACGAAGAUACAUGCAACUGUAAUCUUGGUGGGGAUUGUGAAUGCUUGUGCACUAGUGUGGCAGCAUAUGCAUACAAGUGUUGUCAGGAAGGGAUAUCAAUUCACUGGAGAUCAUCUACUAUUUGUUCACUUGAUUGUGAAUAUUACAAUGAAGGACUUGGAGAAGGACCAUAUAUGCUGGCAAGUUAUGGGCAGAGUGGCCUUGUUCUGGGGGCCAAUAUGACCAGUAGGAACAUUUUCUCUUUGCCAAGAAGUAGUAUACAUGACAAUUUAUUUUUUAUUUUUAUGAUCACUCCAGGACUUUUCAAAGAGAAGACAUCAUCAUUGGCACUUGUGUCCUUGGAAUCUGCUGAAAGGCCAAACUAUUUUCUCUAUGUCCACGACAAUGACACUCUUAGUUUGAAGCUGUGGGAGGCAAAUUCAGCCUUUCAUCGGAGAGCAACCUUUUUCCACCAUCAGGGCCUCUGGAUUCCUGGUUACAGUGCAUUUGAAUUAUACAGCAAAAAAGGCUUUUUUAUCAUACUCACAGAUUCUAGUGUCAAAGCAUCAAAAUAUGAUGAUUCUGAAGAAUUUAAACAUACAAGUAGCUUCAGCAUAGAAGAAAUCCAGGCAGCAGUGCCUUACAGGAGGAUGUGUGAAUGGAGAUAUGAACCUUGUGCCACUCCCUGUUUUAAAACAUGUAGUGACCCUAAAGCACUAGCAUGUAAAUUUCUUCCACCGGUUGAAGGAUGCUUGCCCUACUGCCCUAAAAAUAUGAUCCUUGAUGAGGUCACCCUCAAGUGUGUUUAUCCAGCAGACUGCAUACCUGUGAUCCCCACAGAACCAGCAUUAAUACCACCAGGUAAGCCGUCUGUACCCAUGUUUACAGACCGAGAUGAUGCUUAUAACCCUUUGAUGAUUUUUAAAAAUAUGGACUCCUUGGAUGUUGAGCCUCAGAAAUUUGAUCCUGUUUAUAACUGUAGCCAAUAUAUAUGCCUUAAUAUGGAAUGGAAACUGUACAACUGGUCUCUUAAUUGCCCGAAGGAUUUGGAAAUGCCUGACUGUGGUUUCCGGGGAAGGCCAGUUCAAGUGAACAGCGAUAUCUGCUGCCCUGAGUGGGAAUGUCCUUGUAGGUGUUCCAUGUUGUCAGAACUGAGCAUUAUUACGUUUGAUGGAAACAAUGCAGCGUUAUAUAGCAUGGCUUCUUAUAUCUUAUUAAGAAUUCCUGGGGAAAUUAUAGUUGCUCAUAUUGAAAAAUGUUCCAUGAAUCAGAAUGAAAACUCAUUUAAAAAGCUAGCUUCCUCUGGAAGAAUCUCUGGACUUUGUUUUAAGAAGUUAAAUGUGACAACAUCUAUAAAUAAAAUAUUUAUUAAUCGAGUAUCAAGGAAGGUAAAGGUGGAUUCUGUUAUUGUACCUUUGCCCUUUUCAAAUCAAGAACUGUCCAUAGAGGAUUCUGGUUCGAUGUAUAUGAUCACUACUCCAGCUGGACUAACCAUAAAGUGGGCUCAUCUUACAGGAAUCAUAGAUAUUCAUUUUGGCCCCCGAUUUAACUUAUCAUCCUACACAGAAGGACUUUGCGGAAUUUGCAAUGAAGAUCCAGAUGAUGAUCUCAGGAUGCAAAAUGGCACAAUUAUUACAAAUAUGGAAGACAUAGAAUUAUUUAUUGAGAGCUGGGAAAUUGAGAAAUCACUUGAAGUAACAACAAGAAGACCUGUUAGGAAUUGUACUGAGCACGAUUGCAGUCGCUGCAUUGAGUUAUUAAAUAGAAGAGUUUUCAUUCCAUGCCAUGAUGAAGUGUCUCCGAAGGAUUUUUGUGAAAAGAUGUGGAUCAAUUAUACUUAUUUUUGGAACUAUGAAUGUGAUGCUCUUUCUGCAUAUGUGGCUCUGUGCAAUAAGUUUGACAUCUGUAUUCAAUGGAGAACACCUGAUUACUGCUCGCUGAGUUGCCCAGGGGGGAAGGUAUAUCAACCCUGUGUGCAAACUUGUGAAGCAAGAACAUGUCUGAACAAAUGGUUCUAUGGACACUCUUCAUGUUUAAAUUUAAGAGAAGAUUGUGUGUGCGAAAAUGGAACUAUUCUUCACAGGCCAGAUUCAACUCAGUGCAUUCCAGAGAAGGAAUGUGCAUGCACUGAUAGUGAAAACCAACCCCGCACCUCUGGGGAGAUUUGGAAUGGGGGCAUCGACGAAUGCGCCCUAUACAAAUGUUUGGAGAAUGGAAGCAUUAUCCCUAUAGAACCUGACUGUGAUGAAGAGCCCUCGCCCAUUUGUGUACGGGAAGCUGAAGUUGUCAUGGGCAUCACUGAUGAGCGGACCUGCUGUUCAAAGGAAGUUUGUGGAUGUGACAUGACUUUGUGUGUAACUACCAUUCCAACGUGUACGAACAGUCAAAAGUUGAUUGUUGGCUAUAGCCCUCUUUCCUGCUGUCCACAGUACAAAUGCGAAUGUGACCCACUGAAAUGCCCCAGUAUUUCAACGCCAGAAUGUAGAGGAGACCAAUUCAUGAUUCAAGUUAGACAGGAAGAACCUUGCUGUUAUUCCCCCUUCUGUGUUUGUGAAUCUUGCACUGAACCUAUUCCACUAUGUACUGAUGGGGAAUUUCUCUCGGUGAAUCUUAAUACAACAGACUUCUGUUGUCCUCAGUAUUAUUGUGUUUGUGAGCCAAAUCUUUGUCCUACACCAUUACUCAACUGUGCAGAAGAUAUGAAUCUUGUGAAAGAAAAUGUAUCUGGUCAAUGUUGUCCAAUAUGGCAUUGUGAAUGUAACUGUGAAAACCUUGUUAUGACAACUUGUGAAGUGGGAGAAUUUACUACAAUAGACCAUAACUUUCAGAGUGACUGUGGAUGUGUAAAGUAUCUCUGUGAAAAGGAUGAUGUGUGUGUAUUUCAAGAAGUAUCAGUAUUGAAUCCCGGACAAUCUAUGAUAAAGUAUUUGAAAGGGGACUUCUGUUACACAAUAGAGUGUCUGGAAGAAAAAGAUAACCACACAGGCUUUCACACUCUGAAUUUUACAAUGGUGAACUGUUCAAAAGAAUGUGAGGCUCACCAGGCAUACAUUCCAUCCCCAAGUGAUUAUGAUUGUUGUGGUACCUGCAAAAAUGUGUCCUGCAAAUUUCAUAUGGAAAAUGGAACAUCAGUUAUAUAUGACGAGGGAAGUACCUGGCACUAUAACUGCACAACAUAUGAAUGUGUUAAGACUGAUGAAGGGACAAUGAUUCUAAACUACAGUAUGGUCUGUCCCCCUUUUAAUGAGACUGAAUGCAAAAUGAAUGAAGGGAUUGUAAAGCUUUAUAAUGAAGGCUGUUGCAAGAUCUGCAAACAGGACGAAAGAAUAUGCCAGAAAGUGAUCAUUAAAACAGUCAUAAGGAAACAGGAUUGUGUAAGCCAAAGCUCUAUAAAUGUUGCAUCUUGUGAUGGAAAAUGCCCAUCGGCUACCAUAUAUAACAUCAAUGUAGAAAGUCACCUAAGAUUCUGCAAGUGCUGUCGUGAAAACGGAGUGCGAAACUUGACUGUACCUCUGUAUUGCUCUGGAAAUGGCACUGAAAUUAUGUUCACUCUCCAGGAACCUGUAGAUUGCACAUGCCAGUGGAAUUAA